AGGAGGGGGAUGGGCGCUUCGGUGAGCGUAAGGACCCGACACAGAAUAGGAGCCCCGUAUCACAUACAGCAGUGCAUACCCCAUAAUAAACAGCAACUGUAAAUAUACAAGACACUAACAUUAUUGGAAUUGUUCACCGGGGAUUUAUAAAAGACACCAAUGGAUGUAGCGCACCCGAACAAGACAGGGGAUUUAACUUUCCGACAUUUUUUGGGAGAUACUGAGAACUUUGUUUCUUACCCUUGAAGAGGGAGCUACUUGUAAGGGCAAAGGAUACAGGAGACUCCGAGGCGGAUAUCCAGGCCUACUGGUCUAAUUGGAAUUAAUGUUGGGAUACUCCAAGGACUUCCAUAGUACACUAUCGUUGCCUUGUUUUUAAGGAAUUUGGAAUGACUCUUUAGCUCCCCCAUGACCGUGAGCCGUGGGCUGCGGCUCGACGGCGCCCCCCUUCUGGAGUGGUCCGUUGCUAUAAGUUGGACCUCGUGAAUCCUCUUCUCAUCCUCCUUUCCCCCCAUCCCAUCCUGUCUCCCCUCUUCCCCUUCUCACCCCCUCCUCCCCCCUCGACCCCCACUCCCACGCGUCGCUGUGCUGGACGUCAUGAGCAUAGUAAUCACUCUGGGAGUCACCACACCUGAAACGUCUUACUCGGAUAUGGCUGCUGGAUCAGACCCUGAGUCAGUUGAAGCAAGCCCUGCAGUGAAUGAGAAGAACUACAACAACCACAGCUGUGGUAGUGCACAGAAUCAUGGGUAUCGGGGACUCCCAUAUGCUGAUCACAACUAUGGCGCGCCCCCUCCCCCUACCCCACCCGCCUCUCCGCUUUCCCAAACCAUCAUUCCCCGCAUGGACCUCAACGGCAUGGUCCGCAGCUCCCAUUACCACGAACCCCGGGCCGAGCACUCUGCCGACAGCGACAGCUCCUCCGAAGAGGACGCGGCCGUGAGCAGCUGGUGCCGCUGCAGCCCCACGCCAGACGGCACGCACCUCAAAUGCACCUGCAGGGAGCUGGACAGGAGGAAAGGAGUAGAGGGCGCCCACAGAAAGCAAGAGAAUGUUUCAGCUGGAGAGAGCAGUGCGACAGAAAGUGGUGAUGAAGAGGUUUCUCCCUCCACCGUCUCCUACACUGCUACCCAGCACACCCCUACCAGCAUCAAACUGACCGUCAACCGGGUCAAGAGGAGCAAAUCCAAGAAAAGGAAGAAGAGCACGGAGCGAGGCCGCGGAACGCCCAAGCCAAAGAAAGUCAAGGCUUUCAGACAGGGUUCAAGGAAAUCCAUGAGGAUGAAGAACUCCACGUCUGAGGCCAGCGUGCUGGACGAGAACACGGCCGAGGGAUGGGAGAGCCGCAUCCGCCAGUGGACGGACCAGUACGAGGAGGCCCUCUCCAACCAGUACAGCGCCGACAUCCAGACGCUGCUGGAGCUGCACCGCUCCGCCUGCGCCUCCGUCUCCAAGGCCGAGAGCGGCGCCUCCACGCCGCCCUCCGACACGCAGACGCAGGCGUGCGUGAACGGCCUGGACACCAUCAACCGCACAGAGCUGGCCUGCAACAACACGGUGCUGGGCUCCCAGAUGCAGCUCCAGCUGGGGCGGGUCACCAGGGUCCAGAAGCACAGGAAGAUCCUGCGUGCGGCCAGGAACCUGGAGGCGGACACGCUCAUCAUCGAGUAUCGGGGGAAGGUCAUGCUCCGACAGCAGUUUGAAGUCAACGGGCAUUUCUUUAAAAAGCCUUACCCCUUCGUCUUGUUCUACUCCAAAUUCAAUGACGUGGAGAUGUGCGUUGACGCGAGGACAUUCGGAAACGAUGCGCGCUUCAUCAGGAGGUCCUGCACCCCGAAUGCUGAGGUCCGACACAUGAUCGCCGAGGGGAUGAUUCACCUGUGCAUCUACGCCGUCAGCCAGAUCGCCAAGGACGCCGAGGUCACCAUUGGCUUUGACUACGAGUUCAGCAGCUGUAAUUAUAAAGUGGACUGCGCCUGCCAUAAAGGCAACCAGAACUGUCCCGUGCAGAAGCACAACCUGAGCCCCAUGGAAAGCUUCCUGAACCCGGCCGCUCUCGCUCUUCCCUCUCCCGCUGUCGGCACGGAGACGCGGCGCAGGAAAGCCCAAAGGAAGGAGCUGGAGAGCUGCCUGGCCAGCAACGGCACGCUGACCCCCGACCAGCAGCAAGAGGGCAGGGACCUGCAGGGAGUCAGCGACACAGAGGAGAGAACGCUGACUGAGGUCAAAGCAGAAGACGGAGAAGUGGAUGAAAAUGGGAUCGGCUGUGGUAAAAGAGCUCAAACCAGGCGAAGAGCGACAGGAGCUGAAGUUAAGGACGAGGCCGGGGACACUGAGGACAGGACGGGAAACCCUCCAGAGACGCCUUCUGUCCCACUCAGCUCUGGAGUGGGAGUCAGCACACGCCGGACCACCUACUUCACCGAGAACCCUCCUGGUGAGGACAAGCCACCAGCAGCCACCCUCCCUGCCCCGCCCGCUCCCCCUAAACCCACCAGGCCCGCCAAGCCCCGACCCAAGAGCCGGAUUUCUCGCUACCGUUCGAGCUCGUCGCAGCGCGCUCGGCGCCAGCGUCAGGCCCUGGCCCAGCAGCAGGCGGCGGCGGCGGCUGCAGCAGCAGCGAUGUCCUCGGCGCAGGCGGUGGCUGACCCGGGGGCCGCUCUGCACGAUGAAGGGUCUCAGAGCCAAUAUGGGGCCGAACACGGCCACGGAGACGGCGGUCAGGGAGCUUAUCUCCUGGAUGGAGACGCCCAGGGUCCCAACAGCAUACACAAAGGCAGUGUGCGCUACCCCAAGACAAAGAAGUACCUCGUCACGGAGUGGUUGAAUGACAAAGUCCCUGGAGGGGAAAAGCUUCAGCAGGAGGUGCCUGUUGAGCGGCCCCUGCGGAUAACCACAGACCCCACAGUGUUGGCCACCACCCUCAACAUGCUGCCGGGCCUGUCCCACUCAUCACUCAUCUGCACAGCCCCCAGACACUACGUCCGAUUCGGCUCUCCGUUCACCCCCGAGAGGCGCCGACCCCGCCCGCUGCAGAUGGAUGGCACCUAUGGCUGCUACAAAAAGAGAUGGAUCAAACAGGUGGAGGAUGAAAGCUGUUCUAACAGUGUGGAGGACGGAACGGAGUCCACCUCCUCCCAGCAGAGCACCAGCAGCCGCUCCACCCCCAACCCGCUCUGCAGCGAUAUCGGUGCACCGUUUAAAAAGCGGCAUCACAAGUACGCAGCUGAGACCACGCCAGCGUCCUCGGACCACCUGCUACGCCCUCUCUCACCGAUUACGCCGCCACUUCCUGAAGACUCUCUCCACCCGCUGCUCCACCCGCCGUGUGGCUCUGUGCUGCCCAACGGCCUGGUCUACUCCCCGAUGCCCUCGCAACCCACGAGCCGCUGCAACACACCGCUUCAGUUCGAAGACAUAUCGUCCUCUGAGGCAUCGCCUGUACACCGGCCUGAGUCCAUCUCUCCAGAACCGUCUCUUCAGGCUGACUUUGAUGCUUCUCGACCUCCAUUUCUGGACCUGUCCCUCCCGUCCAGCCUGGAGAGCCCCAGGGCGGUGACCUCUGAUGACUUUCCCGGGGCCGCUUCAGGCCAAGACUCCCAAGGCCAGUCGUCCGCGGGCGGCGUCUCCCUGAACCUGCCGUCGUGCUCUUCCUCGGACUCCAAAAGCAGGGAGAAGGCCUUCAGGACAGAGUUCAACCUCAUUUACACCUGCUCCCCCCUCAACGCGAACCUGGGGAAUCCCCUGAGCUCGGAGCGCCACCAUUCCCAGGUGGACGGAGCUUUCUCUCCCGCAGAUUCCUUCCACAGUUCGCUCAGUGGACAGGCCCUGAUCGGAGACGUGGCCUCCGGCUCGCUGUCUCCUUUUGGGGAGAGCCAUUACGGAGCGGCCUACCCAGACACGAGCACCUCGCCUCACACCAGCAACCCCCCGCAGAAAAAGAAGAGGGCCAACCAGCAUACCAUUAGUCUGCUGACAGGAAAGGCAGAAUACCAGCCUAUAGCUGUAAGAAGUGAAAACAAGCCAGUACAUAAUAUGGUGUCUCUGCUGGAGUACCGGAAGAGAAAGCAAGGAAGCAGCAGCAGCAGAGCAUGUGAACCAGCACCAGGAACGCCCCCCACUCAGCCGGACCCUUACUGCAGCAAGGAAACCCACCCAGCCCGCUCCUACCAGCAGAUGCACCCCCCUUCUUCCCCACACUCCACAGCUCCGGUCCCACACCUGGAGGAGGUCAGCCCGCCGGACCACCACAGGGCGCCGCUCAAGCCCAGGAGGCAGGAGUGCAGCAACCAGUGGAUGGUCCCCACCACGGUGGAGCGCCUGAGGGAGGGCCAGCGCGUGCUCAGAGGCAUCAAGAUGGAUCGGGUCUACAGACGGAGUGACGGAUCAGCAGACGCAGAGCCAGAUGCGGAGCGAUACGAGCGGAGAGGAGGAGCCCUGGCUACUUCCGCCAAGAGCCCCCACAGAUACAGCCCCCCCCUCUACGCACAGCAGUCAGCAGAAGUCCUCCCAGAGACAGACGGCCCGUCCUUCACCCAUCCCACAGCCAGCUCUCCGUUCCAGAGCUCCUCCACCCAGAGCUUCUACUCUCGCAUCUCCUCCUCCCACCCGGGGCCGUCCCAGGAUGCCCAGAGCUCCUACUGCAGCCCCUCCCCCACGCAGCCCGGCAGCGAAGGACCCCCCAGCUACAGCAGCAGCCAUUUAAAGACAGGCUUCCUCAGCAGCAGCAGCAGCCUGUUGGAGGGGGCCGCUCCAGGCCCACGGACCCAGGGACAGACAAAGGUAGACGUGGGCCCUCAGGCCUCCAGAGGGGGUCAACAACAGGCUGUCAGCCUGAAGGUGAACAGCCCGGGGCAGGCGGGGCAGCCGGCCGGCUCCAGGCUAGCAGGCCGCUCCCCGCAUUACCCCCAGCAGUUCCAGCACCCUCCCCACCAGGGGCCUGGAGUAAGGACACAGUCAGGAAGCUUCUAGGACCUUCUUCAGCUGUGUGUGGGUGCGUGUGUGUGUGUGCGUGCGUGUGAAGCUGAAGGCCCCCUGGGGGUUCAGGGAGCUGGAGGGGCCACAUGUACAGACCUGAGAGGAGCCAGCCAGGACUGUGGACAGAUUCCUCCUUUUCCUGUGUUCUGUUUUUUUUCCUUCUUCAUUUUCAGGAAAAGAACUUGACAGCGUGGUCAUAGAUAAACCUCUGACUCCUGGCUGUCAGGACGGAGGGAGACGGGAAGCAAGCAGCCUGGAAAACACGGGAAACCAGUUUGAAAACUCCCAAUUAUCCCAGAACUUUUCUACUGUUCUUCUUCUUCUUUUUCACAAAAGGAAAAAUAUUCCACAUUGAUGUCUGCAUAGAAUGCUAAGUUAGCCUUCCGGUUGUGGUAACCAGGUUGGUCAUAUGCUGACAUACGUAUUUGGCGAAAACCGACAGAUGUUUCGUUUUUUUCUCGGUUUACUCAGAGGACUGGGGGUGAUGACAGGCAGGUGGGGGCGGGGUGUUCUCCAGGAUCAUUCCAGAAGCGUUCUUCAUCAUGUGAGCGGCGUUGUGCUGGGAGCUCUGCUCCUCCGCCCAGCUGCAUCUCCAUCCUCCCCCUCCCUCCUUUCCCCUCAUUCAUGGUGCUGCCGACCUUUUUCCUCUCACCAACAUCUGAUCCGAUCGGGCCCACCACCACCGUAUCAGCUCUCCAUCCGUCUGGAGUUAUCCCGCUCGGGAGCAAAGGGAUCGUUGCUGGAGAGACGCCUGGAUUUCUCCGACCAAUCUUUGCAUUCCAUGUGACAGAGAGCAGAGCAAGUUCACUGCCAGAGGAGAUGGAGCUGCUGCUGCUGACGGUGGCAGCAGCCACCUGGUGGUGACCGCUGCAGCUGCACUUUCUGUGGGUCUCUCUCUCUCUUUCUUUCUUUCUCUCUCUGUCUGCUGCUUUAUUUGUUCCAUUUUUUUUCUCUAUUCUUAAACAACUGAGGUGUAAAAAGAGACAGUUUUCUGCAGCGCUCAGACUGAGGUGGAGGAGACCUAUGAAUGCCCCCCCCCCACUCUCUUUAUGUGACUGGAGUUCAGGGCCUGAAGUGGCCGUGGGUUGUGGGGUGGGGGGACUGUAUUUGUGGGAAAGAUUUGAAUGACUGAGGAAAGGAGGAAGCCCCCCCACACCCCUCUCCACCCGCCGGCCACUACAACCCCCUCCCACCCCGAGACCCCCCCCCCCUCCCCAGCAGAUUCCAUGAAUGUGUGACAGAACAGCAACGUGAACGUUGCCAGCUAACACGAAGCAGCACCUUAAAAACACAUCCACCCUGAAAGCACCCAGCAGCAGGACUCUGUGUGAUUCUGUGUACCUGUAUAGAGAGAAUGUGAUAGAGCUGUAUGGAGAGAGGAUCUAGUACACUGAAUUCCCGGUGUGGUAUCAGUAGAGUCUGACUGAGCAUCCCAGGUCAGACGCUUUGGAGAUCUGACUUCCUGGGUUCCUUCAGACGCCACUUUCUAUCUCCUGUUGUUUUUCUAAGAAGUUUUCUGUUGUUUUUUUCUUCUUCGUUUUUUGUUUUUUUUUUUCCACAGAUCAUAGUAGAAACUAUUUCAAUUGUUCUCUAAGAGAUUUAAGAAGCAACAGAUGUAAUGCAUUUUGAUAAUAAAAUCAUCAUAACAGCAAAGUAUUUUGGAAA